AUGGCGGAGCCCGGGCGCUGCGAGCUGUGCGGGGCGAGGGGGAGGCUGCGCUGCCGCCGCUGCCGCCGCGCCUACUAUUGUGAUGAAGAUCAUCAGCAGGCUGACUGGGUUGGUAUCCAUGAGCUCAUAUGCCAGCUGCUGAUUCCCACCACUGUGUCCCUCCCUGCUCCUCUUUCUGAAAAAGAGAGACAGCAUCACAGAGAGCAGCUGCUGAAGAGGCAGAAGCUGAUCCUGGGCCUGGCACAGAGCAGAGCCCAGCAGCUGGUGCUGGAGGGCAAGCCCAAGGAAGCUCUGCCUGCAGCUCUGUGCGCGCUGCGCUUCAGCAGCCGGCUGCACGGCUCCGACUCCGUGCAGCUGGUGCCUGCCUACCUCACCCUGGCUGAGAUCUCCAGGGGUAAUGGUGACCUCCAGCAGGCAUUCAGGUAUCUCUGCCAGUCCCAGUGGAUUGUCCUCAGCACUCCAGGCUGCAGUGUUGCCCUCCAGGCUCUGCUCCAUCACCAUCUGGGGCUUUUCUGUGCUGCUAAAGGAAGCUUUGAGCAGGCUCUGCACCACCUGUCCCAUGAGGUUUACCUCACUUGCUCCAUGCUUGGACCCAGAUGUGUUGAGGCCUCUGGAGGGUAUUUCCACAUGGCCAAAGUUUUCCUUCACCAGAACAAAUUGGAGGUGGCAGACUCGCUCUGUGCCAAGGUAACCAGCCUCUGGCAUGGCUUUCUGGUGAGGUCACUCCAAGCACAGCUGAGAAAUGGCAAGUCACCACCGGAAAUGUCUCUGCUCAGCAAGGCUGAGGGAGCCCAGGGAGCCCCUCUGACUGCAGCCCAGGCAGCGGAGGGGCUCCGGCUGCUGCCGGCGGUGCUGCGGAUCCGAGCUCAGGACCCCAUGCGGAGGCCUGAGGAGACUGCCAGGACCCUGCAGGCUCUUGCCAUGCUCCACUACCUGGCAGAGGACUUCCCAAAGGCACAGGAGGUGGGGAUGAAAGCCUUGGAGCUGGUGGCACAGCUGCACCUGCACCAGUCUGGAGAAGCCAUCCAGCGUCUGUUGGAGCUGAUCCCCUCCAAGCCUUCCUGCACAGAAUAA